AUGGUAGGCAAACGCAGUCUCGGCGAGCCGCCACAACACCAUGACUUAAAUCGUCCAAACCUCCGCCAGCGACACACCCACGACAUCGAAUCGAAUAAUCCAUCUACACCCACCCAAAGUCUAUACACCAGAAAGCCACAUCUCCUUAAAUUCCGCGACGCAGCCCGCACCGCCCUAGAAGACGCCCGCCGCGAAGAACUGAAGAACUCACUCCUCCAAAACCUCAACACAACAACUCUCGAGCGAUUUCGCACGUCAGACAUCGAUCUCCAGCGCAUCAAGAAUAAACAGCUUAGAACAUACUACGAGAGUCAAAACCAGCGUCUGAAUGACUACCUCGAAGUCGAUGCCGUUAUAGAAGCCAUAGCAGAUGACGUCCUCGAGUCGAUGAAUCCCGAUCCAGACCACGACGGGGACCAGGAGCGUGGCGGAGGACUCCAGCAAGUUGCAGGUCACAUAGGCGAAUUGCUCCCCGAUGAAGAGAAGACUCGUCGGAGACGGGCUGCGAAACAAGCUUCACUAGCAAUAAACAUCAACGUCCUUGCAAAUAUCUUAUUGCUGGCGGGGAAGGCCUUUGCCGUGUUCACGACAGGCUCGCUGUCUCUUCGUGCCAGCUUGGUAGACUCGGCGCUUGACUUGCUUUGCACGCUCAUCAUAUGGUCGACCAACAAGAUUGUUCUCUGGCGCUUGAAUGCAUUGCGGAAACGAUUUCCCGUUGGUAAGCGCCGCUUGGAACCGCUCGGCAUAUUAAUGUUCUCCAUCAUAAUGGUCAUUUCAUUCCUGCAGAUCCUCCAAGAGUCUGUACAGAAACUGAUGCAUGGUGAUCACGGGGUCGAGAGACUCAGCACAGAGGCGAUCGCCGCUCUCGUCACAACCAUUGUCAUCAAGGGUGGCAUAGGCGUGGGAUGUAUCCCCAUCAAGACAACUCAAGUUCAAGCCCUUGUGCAAGACUGCAAGACGGACGUGAUAUUCAAUACCCUGUCGUUGUUAUUCCCGCUUAUAGGUGAUAGCAUUAAGGCGUGGUGGCUUGAUCCAGUCGGCGCUGCUUUGUUGUCCCUCUUCAUCAUCUAUGACUGGGGCCAUACCUGUUUCGACAAUGUGGUCCGGCUGUCUGGUGAAGCGGCGGAUGAUAGAACAUACAGGAAAUUGACCUACUUGGCCUAUCGAUUCGCUCCGUUGGUGGAGGGUAUCAAGAAUAUCACGGCGUAUCACGCCGGGGAUGGAGUGUGGGCAGAGUUUGACAUACUUCUCGAUGAGCAGACGAGACUAAAUAGGUCUCAUGAUGUUUCUGAGACGCUGCAGUAUUGUGCUGAAGGGUUGGCUGAGGUGGAUAGGGCGUUUGUCACGACAGAUUAUGCUACCAUCGGACCAACAGGUCAUGCUGAGGACUCGGAAUGGAACCAUUAG